GUUAUUCAAUCAGAGAACAGUUGAGCUCUCCUUUGAAAGGGGCCAUAUGGAUCUUUGGUCCCUUCAAGUGAAGAACACCAACGGUGUCCCUUUCUGUUCUAAAGUUUGUUCUUUUUCACACAGAACUUCAUGGGUCGAAAGACCCUUUUCUUGCGAUAUGGGAAAGAUUGCAUCUUUAAGGGCGGAAGAUGGAAGGUUCAUGGAGAUUAGGAUUAAGAAAUUUAAGGCUUCUCUGUGUCGAUCUUUGGUCGUAAGAGCCAUGGGAAAGAAGAAUCAUCAGAACCCAUCUUCCUCUGGAAAUGGUGAUCAAUCCAUUCCAGAAAGAGAUGGUUCCAAAGGGAAGAAUCCUGCUUCUGACAAAGUCAUUUCGGAUUGGAGAACAGUCAGAGCAAAUCUUGUUGCACGGGAGCAGGUGCAUAAUAUAGAUACUGAAGCUGCUGGCCAAGAAGCAGGUUCCCAGGACUCCAAACCGCUUGGCUCAAAAUGGGCCCAUCCUAUUCUUGUUCCAGAGACAGGUUGUGUACUUGUUGCCACUGAGAAGCUUGAUGGUGUUCACACUUUCGAAAGAACUGUGGUUCUUCUCCUCAGAUCUGGAACCAGAUCCCCAUACGAGGGGCCCUUCGGAGUCAUCAUAAACCGUCCACUUAACAAGAGGAUCAAGCACAUGAAGUCCUCAAAUCUGGAUCUAGCAACCACUUUUGCAGAUUGUUCUUUGCAUAUUGGUGGACCACUGGAGGCAAGUAUGUUCUUGUUGAGGACAGAAGAGAAUUCCCAACUUCCAGGGUUUGAGCAGGUGAUACCAGGCCUAUGUUUUGGUGCUAGAAAUAGUUUGGAUGAAGCUGCAGGGCUUGUGAAGAAAGGGAUGCUUAAUCCCAAGGACUUCAGAUUCUUCGUUGGAUAUGCAGGGUGGCAGUUUGAUCAAUUGAGGGAGGAAAUUGAAUCAGAUUAUUGGUAUGUUGCUGCCUGUAGUGCAAAUUUGAUUUUUGAUAAUACACCAGAUUCAUCUGAAGGUCUGUGGGAGGAAAUUUUGCAGCUAAUGGGUGGUCACUACUCAGAGCUGAGCCAGAAACCUAAGCAAGAUAGUCAAUGAAGAUGUCUUUGAACCCCAAUGUACAUAAGUACAGUAAACUAAUUGAGUAAUUAGAUCUAAUAUAUUUUCACC